GACAGUGGCAAGCUGGAAAUUGAAUACAAUAACAAUUCAGUAAGUAAUAAAGUAACUAAACAGAAGACAGUAAGAGUGAUUUAGAGGAAAUGGUGGUAAGAGAUGUGGUUAUGCCUGGGGCGAUAAGCAGGUUAUCCAACUCAUUUGAUGAAAAACGAACGAAUGCCUUAGCAUUCGACGUUUCAAGUGACAUCAUCCAUAAAAUUGAUUUUUUCUCUUUCCUUAUAGAUUAAAAAGAAGUAUCAAGAAUUGAUACAAAACGCCACACGGAAGCAAAGGAUUAUAACAACAGAACGGAAAAGAACAGGGAACAAAAGAAUGCGAGUUAGCUUGGACCACUUGGAUGAGGAAAUAAUUAGAAAAGUUCCUCCAAUGAAAUACAUCGGCAUCUCAGGAGGUGUAGAUUCAUCAGCAGAGGGAACGCACUACUGCAACGUGUGGGAUGAAGUGCAACAAGGAGAUACACCAGAUGAGGAGGUUCAACCUACGGACACACCUGAUGAGGAAGAGGCAUCUGGCGGAGACGGAAAUGAAUCGAGUGGCUCAGAAGAUACCUUCCAUUCCGAGUCGACAAUGACUGCACCAUUUGUUGCCUCACCUACUCCUGCUACCGUCCCAUCUGGAGAUUCCUUCCCCACAAGGAUUGUCAAUCUGUCAAUCCCUGGAAGGGCGAAUUCCCGGAUGUGGCCAACGACGGUUGCCUCAGUGUCUGUGAGGCCAAGAAUGGAGUCAGCUACCAACCUGCAAGGUCCUCGACCUCCAAGACCGAGGAUCAUUGUCCAACAGAUUCGUCCUGGCACUCCUCAAGCGACUGCAGCCUCANUCGCAGCAUUAUAG